AUGCGCACUCCAAGGUAUUUUGAAAAGGUCGCCUCAGAGAUCUUACAGCAAAGGAGAAAAAGUGGGCCAACAGGAAGACAAGAUUUGAUGCAUUUGAUGCUGACAGCGAACGAGGAUUCAACUGAAAAGGGAUUAUCCAAACUCACCGAUGAAGAAAUAAUUGGCCAGUGUCAGAUCUUUCUUUUCGCAGGUUACGAAACUUCGAGCAAUACUUUGGCCUAUAUCACCUACCAGCUGGCCCUGAACCAGAAUGUACAGGGCAAAUUAAGAGAGGAGAUCAAGGAAGCAGUCAAGAGAAACCCUGAAAGCUCUCUGUACGACCUUUCUCAUGACAUUGAAUAUCUGGAUUGUGUUAUGAAUGAGUCACUGCGACUAAAUCCACCUUUGGCUCAGGUUAACCGUGAAUGUGUCAACGACUACAAGUUUAAUGACAUAUUUAUCCCCGCAGGACCACAAGUCAUCAUUCCUGUGUAUUUUCUAGAUCGUGACCCUGAUGUCUGGCCCAACCCAGAAAAAUUUGAUCCCGAGAGAUUUCGAAGCCCCGCCAAAGACUGUCGUCACCCAUACCAGUUCUUGCCAUUCGGUUUAGGGCCAAGGUCCUGCAUUGGAAUGAGAUUCGCUCUAAUGGAGAUCAAGAUUGCUUUGGUGAAAUUCUUGAUGAAGUACUAG